GAGUUAAACCCACAAACACAAAGCUUUGAGAUACGCUGCACUUUCUCUCUCCUCAAAAACAAGUAAUCUUCGUCUUCUCUCCCCUCUUAUCGUCUCCCACUUUCUCUCUCUUCCCUCAGCAAACCCAACCCAACCCACCUUUACUCAGUAAUCACCUACACAAGAUUUUCCCACAAAAACCCAAUCUUUUCCACCUUCCUUUCCCACACAACCCCAGCAGCAGCACUAAUUUAAGAGAGAGAAAAUUCUGCCAUUGCAGCCCACCUUAAUUUCUACACAAGAUCCACCUCUUUUGUUGCUGUUACAAAAGGAUUUGAGUUGGGUUUUUCUGGGUUUCUUUCGAAUUUUUAAGGGUAUAGUUUGUUUUUGUGAAUUUUUUCUGAUUUUUGGCCGAUGCGAUUGGAAGAGGUGAGAGAAAAUUGAUGCCGCCGGAGCCAUUGCCGUGGGAUCGGAAGGAGUUGUUUAGGGAUAGGAAGCACAGCCACGAAUUUGGUGGUGGGCCGCCACCUUCGCGAUGGAGGGACACUUCUUCUUCCUCCUCUUAUGGCGGAUCCCGGAACAACAAUAACAACCACCAUCACCACAACAACAACGAUUUCUCCCCUCGUUGGGGGUUUCCUUCCUCCGAGUUUCGCCGCCCUCCUGGUCAUGGUAAGCAGGGUGGAUGGCACAUAUACCCUGAAGAUCACGGGUAUUCAACACCUCGUUCAGGUGAUCGCUUUAUGGAUGAUAGUAAUAUGUUUAGACAGUCGGGGAUGCGUGGAGACGGAAGAUAUGGUAGAUUUUACAGGGAAGGUCGUCCCUUUGGCCAGAGAGAUUGGAGAGGACAUUCUUGGGAAGCCAACCACCAUCACAGUGGUCCAGCAAAUGGAGUAGGCAGGCCUCAUAGUGUUAAUGAUCAAAGGUCAGUUGGUGAUUCACCUGUGCGUGCAUCUCAUCCACAUUCAGAUCCUCGUGAUCAGUUUCACACAAAGGAUCAGAUUGAUAAAAUGAGUGAUGCCAAUGGGUCUGGCAUGGGCCAGAGAGUUGAUAGGGAUAGUUUGGUGGGAUCUCUUGAUUGGAAGCCUUUGAAGUGGUCCCGUUCUGGAAGCUUGACAUCAAGGGGUUCUGGUUUUAGCCAUUCGAGUAGCUCUAAGAGUAUCGGAGGAGAGUCUAGUGAUGUGAAGGGUGAUUUGCCCCCAAAAAAUGUUUCCCCUGUUCAAUCUCCUUCCGGGGAUGCUGUUGCUUGUGGGCCCUCUGUUACUCCUGAAGAAACAUCUUCUCGGAAGAAACCACGGCUUGGAUGGGGGGAGGGGCUGGCUAAGUAUGAGAAAAAGAAAGUUGAUGGCCCGGAAGACAAUGUUAACAAUGAUGAUAAUGCGGAACCAUCACAUUCAAACCCCUCAAAUUUGAUUGUCAAGAGUCCAAAGAUAACAGGUUUUUCUGAUUGUUCAUCACCUGCUACGCCAUCAUCUUUUGCUUGCAGCUCUUCACCAGGGCUGGAAGACAGGACGUAUGCGAAAACAGUAAAUGCUGGUGGUGACACUAGCAACUUCAGUGUCACAUCAAUGCCUAUUCCGGAGAGUCAUCUUGAAGAGUCACAUUUUAGGUUGGAAAAAUUGGAACUGAAGUCAAUCUCCAAUUUAGGCUCCUUGCUCACUGAAUUGCUACAGGCAGAUGAUCAAUGUUCUAUGGAUUCUGGUUUUAUGAGAUCCUCAGCUUUCAAUAAACUGCUGCUGUGGAAAGGCGAAAUCUCAAAGACAUUGGAGUUGACCGAAACGGAGAUUGAUUCACUUGAAAAUGAAUUGACAACAUUGAAGUCUGGAAAUGCUCGGAGCUUUCACUGUCCUGCAUCUUCAAAUUCAGGACCUGCAGAUUAUAGAGAUGGACCAAUUGAUGGCCAAACUGUCUUCCCCAGACCACAUCCUUUGGAAGUGGUUUCAAAUGGAGAUGUUAUUUUGGAAGACGGACUUCCCUGUGAUAACGCUGGCGGUGUUCAAGCUGAAAGCAAGGAUGAGGAUAUUGACAGUCCUGGCACUGCCACGUCCAAGUUUGUGGAACCUCCUAUUCAAAAGCCCGUCUCAUGUGAUGUGUGCAAAAAUCCUUCUUAUGGGGAGACAGGGUUUGUCGAAUCUACCCAAAGCACAGCGGAUGUUGGGACAUCUUGUCAAGGCCAUGAUAGAAGCCUGGUCCAACUGAAUAAUAGUACUGCAAUUGGGAUUGAACACCCUGGUGUGUGUGAUUAUAAAGAGGGAAAUAUAUGUGAUACGAUACUAGCUUCUAAUAAGGAAUUUGCUAAUAGAGCUGCCGAAGGGAUUCUUAAGUUAUUGCCUAAUUGUGAUUAUUCGAUAGAAGCUAAUAGAGUAUCUUGCAUGUCUGCUGAUUCCACCAUUAAAGAGAAGUUUUUGAGAAGGAAACGGGCUCUCAGAUUUAAAGAAAGAGUAAUAUCACUGAAAUACAGGGCUUUUCAUCAUCUUUGGAAGGAAGACUUGCGCUUACUUUCUUUGAGAAGUCAUCGUACUAAACCCCUGAAGAAGCCAGAUCUGAGUUCACGUACAUUGCAAAUUGGGAGUCAGAAACACCGGUCCUCCAUACGUGCACGUUUUACUUCACCAGCUGGAAGUUUAAGCUUGGUUCCGACAACGGAGAUCAUUAAUUUUACAAGCAAGCUGCUUUCAGAUUCCAAUGCCAAGGUUUACAGGAGUGGUUUGAAGAUGCCAGCCAUGAUCUUGGAUGAAAAGGAGAAGAUGUCGAAGUUUGUGUCGAGCAAUGGAUUAAUUGAAGAUCCCUGUGCAGUUGAGGAGGAAAGAACUAUGAUUAAUCCCUGGACUUUUGAAGAGAAGGAAAUUUUCAUGGAUAAGCUAGCUACUCACGGGAAAGACUUUCGAAAGAUUGCUUCAUUUCUUGAUCAUAAGACCACUGCUGACUGUGUUGAGUUCUACUACAAGAAUCAUAAAUCAGAAAGUUUUGAGAAAAUCAAGAAGCUAGAGGUGAAAAAGAUAGGGAAGCCUUUAUCUGCUGACACAUAUCUGGUGACAUCUGGGAAGAAAUGGAGUAGGGAGAUGAAUGCUGCUUCCCUUGAUAUUUUAGGUGCAGCUUCAGUUAUUGCUGCUGAAGCUGAUCAGGCCUUGGAAACUUCAAAGUUGCUUUCAGGAAAAUCAAGCAAAACGAAGUCUAGAGGGCCAGCUGUAAUAAUUGAAGCAUCUAAUAGUUUCUAUGGUGCUGAAGAUGAAAGAGAGACUGCAGCAGCUGAUGUAUUGGCUGGCAUCUGCGGUUCGUUAUCAUCAGAGGCAAUGAGUUCCUGUAUAACUAGUUCCGUUGAUCCUGGAGAGGGCAAUCAGGACUGGAAGCACCAAAAGGUUGGAUCUUCUAUUAGACGGCCUUUGACACCGGAGGUUACGCAGAGUGUUGAUGAUGGUACAUGUUCAGAUGAAAGCUGUGGAGAGAUGGACCCUACUGACUGGACAGAUGAUGAGAAGUCUUUGUUUGUACAGGCAUUUUCAUCUCACGGAAAAGAUUUUUUGAUGAUUUCUCGAUGCGUAAGGACAAAGUCAAGGGAUCAGUGCAAAGUUUUCUUCAGCAAGGCUCGAAAGUGUCUUGGUCUGGACACUUUACCCACUGGAUCUGGUAGUAGAGGGACUCAUGCAAGCAAUGAUACAAAUGAGGGAGGAAGUGACACUGAAGAUGCUGGCAUUGUGGAGACAGGUUCUAUUGUAUGUAGUGACAAAUCAGGUUCUAGAAUAGAUGAAGACCUGCUGCAUGUUAAUCAAGAUGUUUCAAAGCCUGAAGUUACGGUCGCUGAGUCAAACAUCUUGGAAGAGAGUUGUGGUCCAGGACAGUUAGAUCAUAAAGAUGCUGGUUUGGAACUGGCAGGUGUUAUAGAUCCAAUUGCUCGUGGUAGGGUUGUCGACGUCUUGGUUAAGGACUCGGCUACAGUUGUUAAUACCCAAAGAUCUGAUGUUCAGUUGAUGAUCCAGGAUGACAAAGUUGAGGUGAAUCCAGCAAUUUAUAGAAGUGGUGCUGAGGUUGCGCCUCAUGAUUCAGGCGCUGCUAAGGAUGUGGAAUCUUCUGGAAUAUCUUCUGCUCCAGCCGAGUUUGCAAGUCCUGGAGAUGGGUUGUUAAAACCAUCAACGGCUGGGGAUAAUGUUCAUCAUCUUCAGUCUGGUAGUUCUGUAAUGAAUCGAGGAGGUGAACUCUGUCGUGAUUUAGAAGGAUUCCCAUUAGAUUUGUCAAUCAAGGCAGAUUUGCAUGAUGUUAUCACUCACACUGUGGGUGCUGAGAGUAUUGAACAUUCAUUUCAAGAUUCUUUUCUCAGAAAGUGUAGUCGUUCUAUAUCUCACAAUUCAGUUGCUGAGCUUCCUCUCCUUGAACAGAGUAAAGAUGAAUUUGGGUCCAGCUGUUCUUCAAAAGCAGACAAGCCAUGCAGAAAUGGUAAUGUGAAAUUAUUUGGAAAAAUUCUCAGCAAAUCAUCUUCACUUGAUAAACCAACAUGUAAUACUGUGCUGAACGAUGAGAAGGCCAAGCACCAUUCCUCUUCCGGUGGCAAGUUUGAUGUGAAGUUGGCUGUGAAUCAAGAUUUAAAAGGGAAUUCUACAUGUUUUGCUGAAGACCAUAAUAGUUUUAUGGGUUUAGAGAAUGUUCCAAUUAGGAGUUAUGGUUUCUGGGAUGGAACUAAAAUACAGACUGGGUUUCCAACAUUGCCUGAUUCAGCUUUGCUGCUGGCCAAGUAUCCAAGUGCAUUUUCCAACUACACAAUAUCCUCGCCAAAGCCAGAGAAACAGACCGUGGCAGCAGUAGCAGUGAGUAGUGGUAAUGAAUGCAAUAUGAAUGGCGCUUGUGUUUUCUCUCCAAGGGAGUUCAGCAGUAGCAAUGGUGGUAGUGUGAUAGAUUAUAAUAAUGGUUCAAGGAAGCAAGAAGGGUUGCAGCAUCCAUUCAGACUAGAAAUGAAGCAAAGAAGUAAGGAUGUUGUUGUGUUUCCGGAGGUGCAGAGGAAUGGUUUUGAAGCUUUACAGCAACAGGGGAAUGGUAUAGUAAAAUUGAAUGUUGUACAGGGAGGAGAUAAUAUUAUUGGAGGUUCAUGCAGUGGGAUUUCAGAUCCUGUGGCGGCACUGAAAUUGCAUUAUGCGACUCAACAAUAUGGUAAUGGUAAAAAUGGUAAUGGUAAUGGUCAUGCAGUAAAUGGGAUUGUUAGGGAAGAACCUUGGAGGAGUCAAGGAGGAGGAGGAGAUGUAGGGAGGUAGUAGGAAAGGUCAGUGGUCUUUAAUAGGAAGGGCCCAGGGGUGGCAAAUCAUCUUUGUUUGCCACCAAGUUGUACAUUAGGUUUUUGUAUUGUUGAAUUCAUCUCCUUUGUUCUACCCAAAAAAGAUUUAAUUUAGGUCACACCUUAGAUUGCUUGUAAUAUUGCAGGGUUUGCAUUUGUUGUAUUUGAUGGAAGAUGACAAAAAAAUAAUCUGGGAAAAUUUUGGGAGGUGAGGAAUUCAUAGUUGUCAAUCUUACAGCCUCCUUCCAUCUUCAACAAAUCUGUUCUGAUGUUUUUGUUAAUAUGUAGUACCAAGUUCAAUGCAAGAGGUCGUGAGUUGGCUGUCA